AUGCAGCAACUAUCCAUGUUUCUUGUAGACGGAAUGCGUCACUCGUUCGCCGCAUCGCCGCCCAUACGACCGUACUUCCAGGCUCCUAUGGCGGAGCACGCAGACCGACUAAGUAAUGAUUGCGCAGGAACUCAGAAAGUCACCUCAGGGGAUAAGCACAGAAACUGCGAGAACUUGAGGGCCGAUGAGAGAUGCCCAAGCCAGUCUCACCAUGAUGUGGAAGCGCUAGAGCGAAAUAUGAGAUCAAAGCAGGCCUUGUCGCUUAGAGUCAGAAGUGUCAUCCGCCGCCAAGUCGAAAAAACGCCCAAAUGGGUCGAACCAGCAAAAGAUUUGGCUGGCAAAGCUGGCAAGGUCGAGGACGGCAAGGUUUACAGAUGUCAGGACCGGUACAAAUCCCAAUGCCGGCUAUUCUGGCCUGGCACGGAAGACCAAGUCCAAGACGCGGGGCGCAGUGCAGGAGAUUAG